AAAAAAAAAAAAAUGCACAUUUGACUGAUGCAUGUAACAUUUAAAUAAACCAGUUUUGGUGUAGCAGACAUUGCACCUGACUAGUGUUAAAUAUACUUAAAACAACUUUUUCUAUUGUUUAAGAAUUCAUUAUAUGGGUGCUUUUACAUUUUAGUAUAUUUGAUUAUUUUAACGCUUUAAAUAAUUUAAGUGGCACUGUUAAAUUCACCAUCGUUUUAUACUGGGACAGUUUUCUGUAUAAUGUAAUUAACUGUGUUUGUGGUGCACUUAGUACUGUGUACUGUAUGUUGCAUGGCGUCAAUCUAAAAGACAACACAUUAAAAACGAAGGUCAUUUUCAUUCAUCGGGUCUGUGUAUCCAGCAGUCUGAAUGCAUUAAUUAUGAAAUGACAAACAUGAUGAAAAGAGACCAAUUCAGACACACUGCAAUGUAGCCUACUGAAAACGUUGCCUUCUCAAAAUAACGCGUUUAUUACUGUGCCAGCUAAUUAAAUCUCCGUGUCCUUCGUUAUGAACGCAAUCCAUCAUAAGGCUAACUUGUAAGAGACAUUUGAUCUCCGCAGGUUUGAAAGCCCAUCCCUUCCGCUGUGGCUGAAUGGGAAGAAUGGAGAUGGAAGAGCAAUGGUGGAAGGGCCAACUUGCGGCAGACAUCCAUCAGGCUCUUCGCAUUAAGGAGCUGAAGCUGCCUGCUUUCCGGGCCCAUUCACCGCAGAUUGGCAUGCGUCGCUAUUUUGCUGACCUCUUGGCUAUUCUCAGUAAUCGCUACCAGCUCUGUCCCACAGCACGCCACCUUGCUGUCUAUCUGCUGGACCUCUUCAUGGAUCACUAUGAUGUCGCUGUCAAACAGCUCUAUGUCAUUGCGCUGUCCUGUCUGCUCCUGGCCAGCAAAUUUGAAGAGAAGGAAGACAGAGUCCCCAAACUGGAGCAGCUGAACAACCUGAGCUUCAUGUGCACCCUGAACCUGGUGUUGAACAAGAAAGACUUGAUCAAGAUGGAGGUGCUGCUUCUGGAGACCUUCAACUGGAACCUGUGCAUGCCGACGGCUGCCCACUUCAUCGACUACUACCUCUACGCCUCUGUCCAGGAGAAUGACCUGCACAACGGCUGGCCACUCACCUCCAUCACCAAAACCAAAGCCUUCAUUGAGAAAUACACACACUACUUUCUAGAAGUGUCUUUGCAGGAUCACUCCUUCCUCAGUUUCCGCCCAUCUCAGGUAGCCGCAGCCUGUAUAGCAGCAUCCCGGAUCUGUCUGCAGAUCUCUCCCAGCUGGACCACACAGCUGCACCUGCUCACGGGCUACACCUGGGACCACCUCACCCAGUGCAUCGAACUCAUGCUCAUGGCUCAUGACAAUGAUGUCAAAGAAGCAAACAAGACCAAAACCCAGCACCCAAGCAUCCAGCCGCCGCCACCGCCAGUAGCGGUCCAGAGGCACCAUCAGUCAACGUCUACUCAGCCACUCCUCUUCACACCAGCCAGCUACACGCACCUUUCCCAGCACUCCACCCCUCUCUCCCAGCUACACUCUCUAGCCGAUGCCCAGGUUUUGGCGCCAGUCGUUCCUCGGGACUACCUGCAAGCUCACCGUGCCACCCUGCUGUCUGGCAGUGCCAGUGCCAGCAACUGCACCUUCCACUCCUACCCCAGCCUUCCGUCCAGCCUCCAGCCUCCUGUGAGGACCCUGCCAAUCCAGGGGCCCAUUUCCAUGCAGGUCGCCAUAGCGACAGAGCCACGGCACUGCUUGUCUGUCACCUACGGCAGCAGCUAUCUAAGUGGACACCAUUCCUUUGCAGCAGGAUGUUUUGAUAGGUGACAAAGUGAGACAAAAAAAAAAAGAGAAAUAUCUAUGGAAAUUUAAAUAAUGCUGCCAUAUUGUAAAACAAUAAUACAAAAAUAAGCCAUUAAUAAAAAGUCAGAGAAAAAGACAUGGGACCGUGGCAAGAACUGCUGGAAACGAAAGUCUUUCUUUAUCACAUCUUCUUCAAGCUAGGAAUAGUGGGGUUUGUUAAGCGUUUUCAGUAUUUUAUAUUGCAACGUAAGCACUCGUUCAAUCACUUUCACUCAAGCUCCUAGCAGCCCACUUGUGAAAUAGGUCUGAUGCUUCAAGCAUUUGCUGACCAUGCAGAUUACUAAAGCACAUGGUAUUUAAAGUUCAAUCUGGCAUGGAGACAAAUUCUAUGUGAUUUAAUUUUGUUAUUAAGAAGGUGGUCGGGAAGGCAAAUAAGGUAUGGAUGCUGCUGCAGCAUCAGGCGCUAAUGCAAUGCUAGACUAUUCCACUUUGCUUUCCUUUGUGGCUUUGAGUAAAAAGCAUUAAGCUUUUUCUAGGAAGUGGUGGGUAAUUCAAUCCAUUUUUAAUGCUAGACCUCCUGCCAGUAAACCCUAAUGGCUAAAUGUAAUCAUAUGUAUUUCUUGCCUCAGCCCAACUGGGGGCUAGAUGAAGCUUUAUUUGGUUUUUUCCACCUGAGAGCAGAUUAUUCAUGAAGUCAGAAAGACUCUAUUACGUUAAUCUGGACUGUAGUGCAUCCACGUUAAACAGAACCUAAAUCUGGAAGGGGGAGGUAUUGCAGCAAGCGAUUGGCACCUGACCAAACACCUGAAAAUGAACAGCUGUAUUAAUAUGUCGCAUUCCCGCUUCCCUCAAGUACUGCCAUGUGUUUGUUUAUAUGUCUUUACUGAUUGUAUCUCUCACCGAACCCCCCCCCCCUCCAAGUAACUGAAGCUUGAGGUUCCUUGAGUGCCUUUGAGUAGUGAGUGAGUAUAACUCCUCCAGCACCAUCCAAGACCAGGAGCUGUUUUGAUUCUAACCAGUAAGAAGUCUAGACAAAUGCAGUGAUUGCCGUAGAUUGUGUGCUUCAUUAUAAAUAGCUGAAAAAUGUAAAAACCACCACUGAAGAUUGGAAUGAGGUUUAAUUAAUUAGAAAUACAGGUGCUGCCUUUGAUCAAACUGACUCUUGUGCAAAAAAGAAAAUAACUUGUAUACUUUAAACUUUUUUUUAAAGUUAUAAAAUACCUCAUUUUCUUUAUGUUGCUCUUAUAAUAGUGACAUUUUAUUAUUUGUAAUUUUGGUUACAGCUGAAGUGCUCCAAUGAGAAUUUGAAAGAAGCUGCAGGAGGGGUGGAGUGUGCGUGGAGUUCAGAUAACACGGGUGUUCGUUUUCAGUCCGUUCGGUUAACUAAACAUUUGUGUAUGCGGUGUUAACCUGUGGACCGAUGUGACACUGGAAGCUAACAUUCUGAUAUCCUGAAUUCCUUUCCUCUUCAUCUUCUUUUGGAUUACUAUCUCGAAUAUUUAAGCACGAGAGCCUCCGACACAAACCUGGGACUCCAGUUUAAAAAAAAAAAAAAAAAAAAAAAAAUACAAAAAGGGUUUCAAAGCCCAUUCAAUGUAAUGCCUUAAGGACUGUGAAAAAGCUUUAAAACCUGAAAAAAGACUUUUUCAAGCUGCUGCCUUACAAGACUGAACAAUUUUGAAUUACUGUGACAUUGUUUCAACUAGUAUUGUUUACAUGAACUGUGCUGUAUCAGGGACUAACUGAUUACUUGAAGAUGAUGCCAUUGAACUUAGCUGUUUUAUUUAUAACGUUUCUUUGUGUAUUCCCCCCCCCCCACAAUAGUAAUCGAUCUGUCAACACUAUCUAAAAUGAAUUAUUGGAUCUUUUUGUUUCUUUUCUCCUUGCCUCUGAUUUUAAAAUAAGUCAAGCCUUUUUGAAGAGCUCAGUAUGAAAUGGAGACAAGGCUGUAAAUCCAGGUAAAAAAAGAAAUCCAGAAAGCAGGUUUGCAGUUGACAUUGGGCUGUACUUUCACAUUCAAGGAUUGAGGGGAAGUAAACGUGAGCACGAUUUUCCUUGAAUGCUGUACAGUCCAAACAUGAAGCAAUUGUAUUUUCCUGCUGUGUUUUCAGUACGACGCAAGUCCAAUCUUGUACCUGUGUGAAACACCGAGCCUAUGAAGGCCACUCUUUGUCCAAGUAAUGCGUGACAUAACACCUCCUGCCGUACCAAACUACUUUAAUAAAUAUGUUAAAUGGUAUAGUGUGGGCUAUGACGUACUUUACAAAAAAACCUGAAGCUGGUCCAAAAAAAAAAAUUAAAUAAACAGUGUGAUAAGAGGAUCUAUGUAUAUUUAGUUUUAUAGAAUGGGAAAAUUUCAGCCUACCAAAUGAUCCUGUUUGCACCUGAUCCUCAUUAUCUGUAUGCAUAUUUGUAGUGUUUGUUUUAAGCAGUCUUAAUUUAGUACAACUUUUAAACGUUCAGACUGCAACCAUGUUACAGUAAAUACCAACCCUCACAGAAGGGAGUGUUAGAGUGCUGUAAGCCUUUUCUGUUACUUCCAACAGCGCUGUUUCUGUUUUGAUGUUCAUUUUAUACCACUAAUUUCUUUAAUUUUAUUCUCGUCAGUUGUGAGAUCACUAUAGUGUUUUUAUUUAAGGGUUUUAAUGCUAUAGAUAAUUUUGUUUUAGCCCAGAACUUUUUUUUUUUUUUAAAAGCCACAAAUGUUGCAUAUUGCGACCUAUUGUCAAACUAUCACAAAUGUUUGACACAAGUACAGAUCUGUACAGAUACGCAGGGGUUGAAACUUAUACCAGGUUUACAACAACAAAAAGAAUAUGAAGACUGUUUAUGAUUUGCAAAAACACAAACUAGGACCUCCGUACUCUUACUAACAGUGCAUCAGAAUAUAUCAUUUAAAAAAAAAAAUUGCAGAAUUGUGCAAAAGGAAAAAAAAAAAGCUCCCUGUUUCAUACAGGUCAGGACUUGUGCUGAUUUAAGGUAUUGUUAGAGAAUCUUGAUUGUAAUGCAGCUAUCACUUCUGUACAGCUGCAAAUCGGCCUUCUAAUGUGAAAUCUGCGUUUUUCAAAUGGCACACAAUCUAAAUUAUUAAAGCUUAUAGUUGCCCCUGUGGUAUCUUUACUUUGCUGCUAAGCAAACCAAUUGAAUUUGAUUCCAUAGAAGGUAAAUAGAGUGCAGAGUAUCAGAAACCCAUAAACCUGUUGAACAGACACUGGGAAUAUUGGAAACCCAUAAACCUGUUGAUCAGACACUGUGGGAGUAUCAGAAACCCAUAAAUCUGUUGAUCAGACACUGCGUACCAAGCAAUUGUUUAACUUCUGGUUUACAGAGGAAGGAACUGCAUAAGGGGUUUUAAUGGAUAACUACUUUAUAUCAAUAGUCAGUGACCAUUUUAACGUAAAAUGUAUUAAAGUCAGA